GCUCAUGGACAAUCAGUCGCUGCUGUGAGCCGCGCCCGCGCGGAAGUAUUUUCGGUGAUUAUUGUGUCGUUGUUUGUUGUGCUGUGAAAAAAUGGAUGUGGAAUUUAGAAAUUUGACAUUCAAAGUGGACAGGGGGAUUGUACCUUUUUUUGGAAAUAGAGAUGGCGGCAGGAAGAUACUGAAGAGUGUCAGUGGUCGAUUCAAGGCUGGCGAGCUCUCUGCGAUCCUGGGACCCUCGGGGGCAGGAAAGAGCAGUCUCCUGAAUGCCAUAUCCGGUCUAAGAUCGAAAGGUGUGACGGGAGAGCUGCUGGUCAAUGGUCUGCCCAAGGAGGAGAGCAAGUUCCGCAAAAUGUCGUGCUAUAUAACACAGGAAGACCUUCUGCAGCCAAUGUUGACUUUGAACGAGUUGAUGAUGUUUGCUGCUGACCUCAAACUGUCAUCCUCCACGAGGAAAGAGAAAAAACUUGUAGUGGGUGACAUCCAAGCUACACUGGGACUAUCGGAGUGCAAGUAUGUGCGGACUGAGAACCUCUCUGGGGGUCAGAAAAAGCGACUCUGCAUCGCCCUCGAACUGAUCAACAACCCUUCCAUACUGUUUCUGGAUGAACCUACCAGUGGGCUUGACAACGUGACCACCUCGCACACCCUGAGACUGCUACGUACCCUAGCACACCAGGGCCGCACCAUCGUCUGCACCAUCCACCAGCCCAGCGCCUCACUGUUCCAACUGUUCGACCACGUGUACGUGCUAGCUGCCGGGCUCUGCGUGUACCAGGGGCCGACUAGGGAACUGGUGCCCUUCCUCUCCGCUGCAGGACUCAGGUGUCCCACCUACUACAAUCCGGCUGACUUUAUUAUUGAGAUGACAGAUGGAGAAGAAGAGGACAACAUCAUCAAGUUGUCCCAGGCAACAGACAACGGCAAGUCUACCAGCUACCUAGACAACCAGGAUAACUCUGACAACCCUCACAAUAGGCUAAGGGGUAGGCCGAGUGAGACAGAUGAGAACAAGCGUCACCUAGCUGCUGUACUGCUCAAUCACUAUAAUGAUCAGAGAGACGCAGAGGAUUCUGUCUGUGCACAAACUUGGUGUUGCUGGGUGCAAUUUUGUACACUGUUUCGACGAAAGCUGCUGCAGAUACGCAGAAACACGUUAGGGCUAAAAAUCCAGCUAUUCCAUCACAUGAUCUGUUCCCUGCUGGUGGGUAUCAUCUUCUUCGACAGAGCCAAUGAUGGGGAAAUGUUCUUUGACCAUAUGAAGUUCUGCAUGGGCAUCAUCCUCUUCCACGCCUACACACACGUAAUGGUGCCAGUCCUCACAUUUCCCUACGAAGUAAAGUUGCUGGCUAAGGAACACUUCAAUCAAUGGUAUGGACUGAAGCCCUAUUACAUGGCCCUAACACUAUCCAGGGUACCAAGUUUGGUGAUCUUCAGUCUACUGUUCCUGGUGAUUGUGUAUACGAUGUCAGGACUGCCUCGGGACCUGGAUAGGUUCAUUGUGUUCUGUGCAGUUGGCAUCAUCACCAGUUUGAUAGCCGAGGGCAUGGGGUUGGCUAUCGGCUCGGUCUUCAAUGUAACCAAUGGAUGUGCGGUGGGCCCGAUGACACUGGCCCCAUUCCUGGGAUUUGCUAUCUACGGAUUUGACUUUGCCCGGUCAAUCCCAUUCUGGCUUUGGCCAAUGCUGAAAGCCAGCUUCAUGCGAUCCGGGGUCAUCGCCAUGAUCAUAGCAGUGUUUGGCAUGAACAGGCCCAAACUGGAGUGCCACAAUGAGAUAAUGUAUUGCCACUUCAACAACCCCCAGGUAGUACUACACUACUUGAAUCUGGACAAGACUUCACCUUGGAUAGAGAUCCUGACGAUGAUUGUCAUCUUGCUGGUGUUUCGCUCCCUUUGCUACUUAGGGCUUCGCUGGAGGGUGUCAACAUGAGGCUGUGUUUGCUAGAGACAAAAUUGUGUUGUCUUGUGGACGCUUACAAUAAGAUGAGGCUCAACAUCAAUGCAAUGUAGUUUUAAGUAGGAAAUCAAUUUAAGUUAUACUGUUCCAGUUAAUUUGGAUGUGUUGAACAUGACCUGAUGCAUUUAUUAUAAACUUUACAUUUUUUUUAUACAUAUUUCAAUUAAAAUCAUUAACCCACUGUGGAUCACUGUGUUUAGUCACAUUUAUCCCAGUGGGCGAGAAUCAAGUUGUGCAUCGGCACCAGAAUAGUGAUGCUGCCUGGCAUCGAAUUGCCCAGUGUUUGUAUUCAACUUACUUGCAUGUUGAACUGGAUUCUCAUACAUAUGUUAGACAUAUUUUAAUCUUUAUACUUAAAAAAGAUACAUAAUACAAUGUUAUUUCAUGCUGUUGUAAUAUUCCAUACUAUAUUAAUAAAUACCAAUUCAAUGUGGACAAUCAGUAAAUCUUGCUUUUUCAACAGCACAUAAUAAUAGAAACAACCAAUAUUGUAAAAUACCAAACUAGUUAGUUGCUGUUAUAUUAACAACUAAGGAAAACAAUAGAUUAGUAGCACAAGCAGUGAAUAAAUUCAGCUUAUUCUUCAACUUCUACAUACACAGUCUAUAUAAGUACAAACUUGUUUGAGAAAACUAAAGAAAGAAUCAUUGUUGAAAACAUUCAGUAGACUAACAAAGAUGCUCACACAUUCUACAAGACAUUAUUAGAACUAUGAGGAGGUAAAAUUAAAAGCUGAUCUCUUUUGCAACCUGAACUCAUGACCAUGCUGCUAGGCCCAGUUACUAAGAUAUUUCAUCAGUAAUCUGCAAUGAGUUAGUGGCCAACUAUAUACGAAGUUUCUCAAAAUUCUAUAGAAAUUUUGCCAAACUAAAUGAAAUUAAUAUUUUAAUAUCUUAAAAAAUUAAAAGACCACACUUAAAUGGCAUUUUAAUAUGCUUAAAUAUUUUGUUGAAUUAGUUGAUCACAUUUUUAAUGCAUUUUAAAAAUAAAUAUUGGUACUUUACUAUCAAGUUUGAUAAAUUUUACAACUUUAAUUCAUGCCUAAUUUUAUACGUUUUACUUGGUUGUUCCUGUGCUCUAUGUUGAAAAUGUUUUAUCUUACAUAACCCAGCAAACAAAUUUAUACUGAUUAUAAAUCACUUCAGUAUCAGAACCUCUGACUGAAACUUUGGCUGGAAGCACUUACACUACAAAUGCAUUCGAAUUGUUCUAAUUCUGUGUAAAUUGUUCUAAUUCUGUGUAAAUACUAUUUAGCAUUUAGUUAUAUAUUAGUUAAAUGUAUGUAUUACCGAUGUGAUUCUAUUCAUGUACAGUAUUUUAUUGUAAUUUUAUAUUGUCAAAUUAGCUAAAAUUUUAUACACUUCUUAGUAGGCUAAUUUGUCUACACUUACAUAGUUAAAACAUAUUUUUCUCAUAUCAAAAAUGUACUUAUAUUCUAAUUGUUAUUGUAGCCUUACACGUCAUUUUUAAUAUCCUGACAAGGCAUUCAUUUUACUAGAUGGAAUAUUUUAAAGGAAAAAUAAAUUACAGGUAAAAACAGUUGUAUGUACUAUUAAUGUUUUUAAAAAGAAAAGAAGUACUGUUUGCUAACAAGAAACGCUGUAAAAAUAAAUACAUGUUUUUAUGAGGCUAAAAUCAAUGGAACAAGUUAAACAGAACAUGCUCUCAUUCUUUUUUUAUUUAAGGUGGAUGUGUUAUUUUAUUCUUUGCUUUCAGCUAUAUACACAGAGUAUAAAUAAUUACUGUGGAAUUCAAAAAGGAAUUAAUAAUUAGGUUACCUAAUUAGAUAGGCCUCAUCCAUAAUAAAGCUUCCAUUUAUUUUUGUUAACUUUGGAUGUCUUUAACAUCUUGACUGUAGUAGACAUCUUACGGCACAGUCUUAAUGCUGUGUUCAAUGUCACUCAGUAUACAGCCGAAGUGAAGGUGAUAAUUUCAAAAAGAAUAUUUCUAUUGAAAAAAAAAUUAACAGAAUAAAAAGUGUUGUUCUGAAGAUCUGCAUGCAUUCUAGAAGUUUGUCAAAAUGUUGAAAGAUAUGUGUUAUGUUAGUAUAUACCAAACAAGUUUAGAAUUUUAAAAUUUAUAUUGAUUGUUUUUUUAAUCUAUACAGACUUUCUCUAAAUCAUCUCCAACAUGUUGAUCAAAUUUCCAUUUUCGUCUACUAGCUACCAUAAUAACAUAAAAUGCAUUCCAGAAAAAAUGUAUGUUCGGUUAAAACAUAUGACAUUCACUUAAGUUUUCUGGUCCACAGCAAGUCAACAAAUUAAAAACAACUUAAAUCUUGAAAUAUUUUGUCCUUGCUACGGAGAGAUGUCUUUACUCAACAAAUGUAAAACUAAAACUGAAACAAAAUUCAAAACAUUUUUUAAUAAACAUUGCCUUCUGCAGUGAUGUCGAAAUAUAAAAAAUAUUUUAUAUUGUGUUAGCAAUUUCUGACGUAGUAUGAACCAGAAAACUUAGAUGUAAUUAAAUCAGCUACGUAAAUCAGUUAAAAUAUAUUCCACUUAAUUUUCAAAGUGCAACUAAAUAAUGAUAGAGACCAAAAUGGUAUUUCAUACUUUCAUGAAAUUUUACAAGUAAGUAAUGGGAAAAUAGCACAACACAAUUUCUAUUUUGCUUAUUAUUAUGCUGAAAUAAAUUCAAAAGUUACAUUUAAUGUUAAUUCUAUCUCAAAGUAUAUUAAUUGAUUAUCAAAUCAACUAUCAGGUAUUAAAUAAUAUUAAACUUACAUAAACAAAUUUAACCAGUUAGUAGUUUUAAAUUGUAUAUUUAUUUACCUGAAGUAUUCACAUUCAUUAUCAUAAUAAUAAUGAUGAUGAAUAUUAUAAGUAGUCAGUGGACACAGUUACAUUAGAAAUCUUCAGAAAUAUAUUAUUUUUUUUAAGGAUAAUUAAAUUGCUCAAAAAAUCAUUCAGAUGCAACAUCACUAUUAUUUAAACAAUUUGAUGUUUAAAUUAUAAACAGUGCCAAGAUUGAAAUUCUUUUUAACUCUUAGUAAUAUUUAAAAACAUAUUGUACUAUGAAGGUCUAAAUUACUGAUAUUUGUAACUAUACAUAGCAUUUAAAGAACCCAGUUUUUGACAAUAAUGAUUUAUUUAAGGAUGGUGAAAACCAAAGUAUUCUUAAAAAACUAAACCUAUUGUAAUAUGUAAACAUAUUUUAAUGUAAAUUAUUCCUUGUUUGUAUAUAAUAUAUUUAUAUAUGGUAUAAUUAUUCUUGCCAUAUCACUAGCUAUUAUACUGUAUUAUUAGAAAACAAUUUAGUUUUUACAUGUUUUGAUAUUUUAAUCACUUACAGUGGCUGUUAAGUUUUGUACAUUUUGUAAAUAUUUUAAUAAAAUUCUUUAUAUUUGCAUUACACUGUUUUCUUUAGAACAUCCGAUUUCAUUUCCCUUCCUCUGCAA